UUUGCCAUCUCCGCCUGUUCCAAUCGUCCCCCGCGUUUUCGUACUGUUGGCGCUUCCCUACUAUUUAUACUACAUUGCAUGGCUAGAAGUCUCAGGGACCAAGCUAUUUGCUACCAAAGAUCCCUCCGAAACCCCUCACCACUUAGUCAGCCGGAAGCUUGUACGUCCACGCCAAACGACUCGGCGACGUCGAAGAGACAUACAGACACCGACAACAAGGAAGGUCCUGCGCCGAACAGCAAAAUGAGUAAGAUGGAGGACCGCGGAUCUCAUACGGCAGAAUUUACCCACAGCGAUUUCACAGUGGGGUGGCUAUGCGCACUGCCAAAGGAGCAGACCGCAGCGACAGCCAUACUGGAUCAAAUCCAUCCCGAGCUCCCUAAGCCACAUAAUGACCCGAACACAUACACACUAGGAUCUAUCGGAAAGCAUAAUAUUGUCAUAGCCUGCCUGCCGAAAGGGAAGAUUGGCAAUAAUGUCGCUGCGACUUUCGCGACUCAGAUGAUGCGCACGUUUCCGUCUAUCAAAGUCGGACUCAUGGUAGGCAUCGGCGGUGGUAUUCCACCCAAAGUAAGACUCGGCGAUGUCGUAGUCAGUACACCAACCGGCCAAUAUCCUGGCGUGGUCCAGUGGGACUUCGGCAAGGCGGAAAAGGCUGGCGAGUUCAAACGGACUGGCGCGCUGAACAAUCCCCCAAGCGCACUACUUACAGCUUUGACCAAGUUGGAAACCAACCAUGAGAUGGCAGGAUCCAAGAUACCCCAGUAUCUAGAUGAACUGGCACAAAAAUGGCCAAGAUUGGUGCGUAAAUACAUCUGGUCUGAUUCACUCAAAGACCCUGUGUACGAAUCAGACACUUCCGACCGCGACCCCGGAGACCCGCAUGUUCAUUACGGUCUGAUUGCCUCCGGCAACGAAGUAAUCAAAGACGCCGAUUUUCGUGACAGACUCAAUGAGAGUCUUGGUGGGGAUGUACUGUGCUUCGAAAUGGAGGCAGCAGGGCUGCUGGACUUCCCGUGCAUCGUCAUUCGAGGUAUCUGCGAUUACGCUGAUUCGCAUAAGAAUAAAGAUUGGCAAGAACACGCGGCGGCUGUGGCUGCUGCGUUUGCAAAGGAGCUGCUGCAGUAUGUUCAACCGAGCGACGUGGAGGGAACGCGCCCAGUGAAAGAUAUACUGAGGGACAUAUUGAAGCAAGUUCAACAAGAUACAUCCGCCACUAGAGAAGAUGUCACACAUCUCAAGUCCGAACUUGUCAAAAAAGAAGACUUGGAGAUCCUGAACUGGCUUACAAGAGUUGACUACGGGCCAAUGCAGAGCGAUCACCUUUCAAGACGGCAACCUGGCACUGGACAAUGGCUGCUCGAGUCAAUCGAGUUCCAGGACUGGCUAGCUAUAAGCAACCGGACUUUGUUUUGUCCAGGUAUCCCCGGGGCAGGAAAAACGAUCAUGACUUCAAUUGUAGUAGACGACCUCAGUUCAAGGUUUUACAGCAACUCGGACAUCGGCAUUGCAUACAUUUACUGCAACUUCCAACGACAGAAUGAGCAGAACAUCGACCACCUGUUAGCAAGUGUACUAAAGCAGCUAACUCCAUCCCAUUCUUCCCAACUGGAUGUCGUCAAGAGUGUGUAUGAUCGGCACAAGAAGAAGCGAACGCGGCCAUCACUCGACGAAAUUGUACGACUUCUCGAUUCUGUAGUAGGGAUGUAUUCACGAGUUUUCAUCAUCGUUGAUGCACUCGAUGAAUGCCAGGUAUCCGAUAGAUGCCGUAUAACAUUCCUCUCAGCACUUUUUGAACUGCAGAUAAGGCACAGGAUAAAUAUCUUUGCGACAUCAAGAUUUAUGCCGGAUAUCAUUGAUCACUUUAAAGACAGCGAAACACUCUUCAUUUAUGCCAAUACUGAUGAUGUGGCAAGAUACCUCAGAGAUCAUAUGCAGGAAAUGCCAUCUUUUAUCCAGCAGAAUCAACAACUGCAGCAAGAGAUCGUAACAGGGAUCUUAUCAGCUAUUGAUGGAAUGUUUCUCCUCUCAUCAAUCUAUCUCGGUGUGCUUAAAGAAAGCCUGACGCUAAAUGAGAUCCGGAGUACAAUAGAGCUUUUCCCAACAGAUGGUCAAGCACUAGAUGACGACCGAAGAGCCCAAAUAUUGGACCAAGCAUAUAAACAAGCUAUGGACAGAAUUCAAGGGCAGGCAACAGGAAGGAAGAAGCUUGCAUUCAAGGUUCUAUUAUGGGUUACAAACGCAAAGAGACAGCUUACUACGUCAGAGCUUCUGUAUGCCCUUGCAACGAAGCCGGGAAGCCCCAAGCUCGAUAAUGGGGAGUUCGUACAUAUCGAUGAUAUAAUCUCAGUCUGUGCUGGACUGAUAAUGGUCGAUACCGAAAGCAGAAUCAUCCGGCUCGUGCACUAUACAACGCAAGAAUAUCUCAAGCGGACACAGAAACAAUGGUGUCCCAACGCAGACUCUACAAUCACGACAAUAUGCGUUACCUACCUCUCGUUCGCCAUGUUUGAGGAUGGGGCAUGCAAAACAGACAGAAAGUUCAAGGAACGGCUGCAGUUGAAUCCGUUCUACGACUACGCCGCACAAAACUGGGGGCAUCACGCUCGUGACGACGUGACCUUAAGUCGGCAUGUCAUCACAUUUCUGAAGAGUGAAGCCAGUCUUGAGGCAUCAAGUCAAGCACUGAUGGUCAACAAACUACAUGAAUCAGAGAAACAUUACAGUCAAAGAGCUCCGAAGGGUAUGACGGGAUUACAUAUGGCAGGGCACUUUGGACUGUUCGAUGCCACAUAUGCCCUCCUUAGACUUGGACACUCCCCAGAUCUGAAGGAUAGUUCCCGAUGGACGCCACUGAUGUAUGCUGCUGAGAAUGGACACGAGGACGUCGUCAAGCUAAUGCUGGCCGUAAAGGCUGGUGUUAAUUCUGUCGCGAAGAGUAGACAGCCCGCGCUUCACGCAGCUGUUAAGAGGGGCCAUCUAGGGAUUGUUGAGGACCUGGUAGCAGCAGGGGCCGAUGUCAAUACUACCAGUCGUGGCGAACUGACCGUGCUACAAGCAGCUGCUGGAAAAGGCCAUCUAGAAGUUGUUGAAAAGUUAUUGGCGGCAGGAGCUGAUGUCAAUGCUACUACAACUGCUGAAGCUGGGCGGACUGCGCUACAGUCAGCUGUUUUGGGAGGCCAUCUAGCAGUUGUUGAGAAGCUGUUAGAGGCAGGGGCCAAUGUCAACACUGACGUUGGAGGCAGACACCUUCCGCUCCAGACAGCCGCUGGUAGAGGACACCUAGCAAUCGUUGAAAGGUUGUUAGAGGCAAAGGCAGAUGUCGACGUUGUUACGGGCCGCGAUGGAUGGACUGCGCUCCGAGCAGCUGCUAGAGGAAACCAUCCAGCAAUUGUCGAGAGGCUGCUGGCAGCAGGAGCCGAUGCCAACACUGCUGCUAGGGGUAGCCCCACCGUGCUCCAGAUAGCCGCUGGAAAAGGCUAUCUCGAAGUUGUUAAACAGUUGUUGGAAGCAGGGGCCGAUGUCAAUGCUGCUCCGGCUAAAGCUUGGUGGACUGCACUGCAAGCAGCUGCUGGAAAAGGCUGUCCAGAAGUUGUUGAAAAGUUGUUAGCGGCAGGGGCCCAUGUCAAUGCUGCUGGUUACGAUGAUCACACUGCGCUCCAUGUAGCUAUUUUAGGAGGCCAUCUAACAGUUGUUAAGAAGCUGUUAGCGGUGGGGGCUGAUGUCAAUACCGGCCGUCGAGGUGGACAGAUUCCACUUCAGGCAGCGGCUGAAAGUGGCCAUCUGGAGAUCGUUAAAGGGCUGUUAGAGGCAGGAGCCGAUGUCGACGCGGCGGGUUAUGCUGGACGGACUGCGCUUCAGACAGCUGCUGAAAAAGGGCAUGUGGCGAUCGUGAAGGAGCUGUUGGCCGCAGGGGCCGAGAUCCAUUCUGCUGCUGCUGCUGCUACUGCCGAAACUGGACGGACUGUUCUCCAGGCAGCGGCUAAAGGAGGCCAUCUCGAAGUUGUGGAACAGUUAUUGGAAGCAGGAGCCGAUGUCAAUGCUGUUGCUGCUAAAGCUGGAUGGACUGCACUCCAGGCUGCCGCUGGAAGUGGCCACCUAGCUCUUGUCGAGAAGCUGCUAGCGGUAGGGGCCGAUAUUGAGGCUGCUGCUCCUGAUUAUGCUGGACGGACUGCGCUCCAGGCAGCUGCUGGGGAAGGUCAUCUAUCGAUCGUUGAAAAGCUGUUGGCGGCACGAGCUGAUGUUAAUGCUGUUGCUGCUUACUUUUCUGGUUGGACUGCGCUGCAAGCGGCUGCUGAAAAAGGUCAUCUAGGGAUUGUGGAAAGGCUGUUGGAAGCAGGGGCUAAUGCCAAUGCCGCUGGUGCCGCUGUUCGUGGACAGACUGCGCUCCAGGCGGCUGCUGGAGGAGGUCAUCUAGAAGUAGUCGAAAAGCUGUUAGCGGCGGGGGCCAAUGCCAAUGCAGCUGCCGAUGAAGUUGCAUGGACUGCUCUCCAGGCAGCGGCUUAUGGAGGCUAUUUAGAAGUUGUCGGAAUGUUAUUAGCGGCAGGGGCCGAUGUCAAUGCUGCUCCGGCUAAAGCUGGGUGGACUGCUCUGCAGGCAGCCUCUAAACGAGGCCAUAGAGAAGUUGUCCACAAGCUGUUGACAGCAGGCGCGCUGACUUGACAGGCAAACAUAAUUACCUAGCCUCUAUCGCGCACCUGCUUUUCUUCUUCUCGUAUGUUUCACUUCACGCAUGGCUUUGACAAGAUGGUUCGAUAGUUAUUGUUGUUGUAUAAUGCAUUUCAGAACGAAAGGACUUCCUUUAGGC